UUACACUAGAGCUUGCACCUCUGGCAGGAGGAUCACUGGUUAACGCCAUAGAGAGGAAUGGAACGUUGCGUCGCCAUAACCCUGUGGGACCUGAGAUGGGUGCUGCUUUAGACGAGAACAUAUUUCUGGACAUGGAAAUCGACGGCAUACCACACGGUUCCAAGCCACUGAUCAGGCAACACUUUGACCUAAGCUUGAAUGACACACAGCCUGUUGGAAGGAGAGUGGCGAACUCUGCUAUCUACACAUCGGAGGACAGAGAUAUCAUAUACAGAGUGGAUGUGGAAUUGGACGGGACUACUAGCACAUACGGAUUAGUACGUCACGGAGGUGCUCUUGACUUUUUCAACGGCAGAGGAAAAGUGUUGGAACUUCAAUUUAACAACGAGGCGGUUUCACCAUCAACACCAUCAACACCUGAGCCCGAUUUCUUAAAACUGACGGAGAAUCUUAGAACGAAAAGGCAACAACACCGGCAACGAGCGAUAGUGGAUGACAUCGAAACCGCAGUCGUGCCAAAAGUGGUUGUGUUUGUGGACACGGUCGUGGUCAACAAGUUUCUACCUCUGAACAACAAUCAAAUGGCAAAGACUCGAGCUGAUAUUUCAAAGUUCUUUACGCUGGUGGCAAACGAGCUUACCAUAAUGUAUCAGACGUUGAGGCAGUAUAAUAAUCUGUUGUACAGAGGCGCAACGGCUUUGCCUCAGAAUAUUGCUGUACAGAUUGUGAACGUAGUGUUCCCACCUGGGAACACGGAUUACAGUUUUGUGACUGAUAACCUCAACCAAGGUGUCCUGACUGAUUUUGCUACGUUGACUUCAUUCCGAGUGUUCCUGGAUACGUACAUAUCACCAGUACCAUAUGACCACGCGACAUUGAUUACCGGGUUUGACCUGCGAUCAUCUACAGGAGCAAAUCGUCUCGGUAUUGCCUAUACGUAUAGCAUGUGCUGGCAGCUUGCCUUCGAUCUUGGAUAUCACUCUUCGAUAAAUGAGUUCACUGCCGAUGUCAUGGAAACAAUGGCUCAUGAGCUUGGACAUGGAUUGGGCAUGCAACAUGAUGGUCUCCAGAAUUCAUGUGAGGACCUAAAGUUCCUGAUGGUUGGCAGUGGGGAUAUUUCUGCAUCCACAAGCACCGUUCCAACCUAUAGAACAUUUUCGCAGUGUUCGUCCGAAGAACUAGAAAUUUUCACCGAUUUAAUUCUUCCAGAGGAUGAGUUCCGCCCAACAUGCCUGUUGCCCCCGACGGCUUCCUUUAUUAUGGACUUCUGCAAGGGUCUUUCCGGUAAAAUCCUGACAUUGGACGAGCAGUGCCAACUUGUCUUUGGCGCCACUAGCUCGCGAUGUUCCCUGCUGGAUGUACAAGGUGCCGUCACCGAAGAUCAUCUUGCACAUGGAUACGUUGUCGAUUGCCACAUAAACGAAAUCACAAAUCAACAACCGUUCUUCUGCUUUGUCCCGAAUAGUGCCCAGUGUAAACCCAUACCUGACGUUUCUAUGGGAACCAAAUGCGUCAUCGAUGGAGUUAGGAAUCCAAAUAACAUUUGCAGCCAGGGUUUGUGCGAAAGAAAACCUCUCUGCGAGGACUAAAGCGGUAGAAGCCAUGACUAAACUUAAUGCGACGACGGUAGCAGCGAUGAUCAUGAUCCAGAUGUUGAUGAUUGCGACGAGAUUUAUUAUAACUUGAAAAUCCUCUAAAAAUAACGAAAGUCAUAAUAAUAAUACAAAACUGUAUUGUAAAAAAAUAAACUGUCUGUAUGCCCAUAAGGAUGUAAUA